AUGAUGGAGGACUUAGCAGCUUCCUAUAUUGCUCUGAAAUCAGAGAAUGAAAUUCUGCAGGCACAAGUGCAGUGGCUGAUGGAGGAAAAUACUGCCUUGCAGUCCCUCAUUCCAGAACUCCAGAAGCCCCAAGCAGCCAAGGAGGAUGAACCACUCCAGGAGACCCAGAUCUUGGAAUCCCAAGAGCCCCCAGAUGUUGAGGAGUCCCAGAAGCCCAGAGAGUCUCAGGACCUCCAAGCCUGGGAGACCUCAGCAGUUCAGGAGCCCCAAAAGUCCUUGGAGUUCCUAGCAGCUCCAGGGUCCCUGGAGCCCCCAGCAACCCAAGAUCCCCAAGUACCUCCAAUAAUCUACAAACUUUCAGGAGCCUGGAGAUCCCAAAAGCCCUCGGAGGCCAAGGAGCCUCAGAAGCUCCCAAUGGCCCAGGAGGACCAUAAACCCUCAGAAUUCAAGGAAGCUCAGAAGUCCGCAGAUACCCAGAAUGCCCCAGCAGGCCAGGAGCCCCAGAAAUUAGAGCCCCAGCACUCCCCAAAUGCCCAGGAGCUACAGGAGGCACCAAAAUGCCAAGAUACCUCUAGACACCUGGAAUUCUUUGAGUUUCCUGCUCCCCAGGAGCUCCAGAAUCCUAAAGAUGCCCAGGAAUUCCUAGGACUCAUAACAUCCAAGGAGUCCCUGGACAGUCUAACAGCUACUGGAACAACAACAACUUCAGAGUUUCCACAGUCUUCCAAUGAGUUAGAUGCUGAAGCUUUCCUCCUAGAAUAUUCUGUAGCCUUCAGUAGGGAUAUCCAGAAAAUUCCUGAGUUUCUGUUUCAAUUGAAGAGUUCCAUGAGAGUCAGAGGGUGCCUGUAUCCCACCAAAACAGCUCUGGUAAGCUUUGUUGGCAACUAUUUCUUAGGUAAAGAAGAAAAGUGGUUCCAGCCAUUAGUAGAUAUCCAAAGCCCCCUGCUGGAGCAAUUUGAAAGUUCCAUGCAAGUGCUUCAGGAUACUUUUGACAAUCCAGAAAACAUGGAAGAUACCAACCACCACAUCCAUAAGCUCUCCCAACGAAAGGACCAUGUCCACCAGUAUGCAACCCACUUCCACCUCAUUAUUCAAGAACAAAAAUGUGAAAGCACUCUCUGCAUCCAAUUUCAGGAAGGGCUUGCCAGUUCUAUCUGAAGUGAACUGUCUCACACAAGCCCAGCUACCAAUCUGUCUGAUCUGAUCACCCAAUACAUCUCCAUAGAAGAGAAGCUAACUGGUAAACCUGAUCCAAGUCCACAAGAUGCAAGUCCCUCUGAGGAGAGAGCUGGCCUCAAGAGUUUACCAACUGAAAAGCAGCCAGUGCAGGCUUCAAGCUGUCACCAACACCUCAAUGAAGCUGAAUGAGCCUGUUGCUAUGAAGGCCACUUAUGCCUCUACUGUGGAUAUUCUGGUCAUUUCACCAGAGAUUUCCCUGUCAAGCCUCAUCAUGCUCAGCAGGUGGGAAACAUCGAGGUCCUGCAGCAAGGGGGAACCCAGGCAGGCCAAUCUACAAAUAUGCAUCCCCCUCACUUCCAAUAUCCAUAUUUCGUACACCAUAGUUUACUGUUGAAAUCCGACUGGGAAGACGACAGCUCUUUGAGCAAGCUACAGUGGAUUCAGGCUCCUACAGAAACAGCACUGACCACUCUGUGGUUCUUCAAGAGAAACUGCCCAUCACAGUAA